GUGUCUCAAAGCAGAGGACACUGGGAUUGUAUUAUGCCGAUAGCGUAGUGGUGUAUAAGCUGUAAAAUAGGAAACAGAAGUUAUGAAACAUGAUAGUUACAACAUGGACAAAAAAGGCUUGUGAUUUAAAAAGUGAUAUUAAGCAAAAGCUGGUCCUUUUAGCCUUGCUUUUGUUUUUAACUGUGCUGCUUGUGAUCUUGUUUCUCUACCAAUAUCUCGGCAAUAUGUAUUUUUCCUAUGGAGAAUCCAACAUUGAGCAAAAUUUCUGUCCACAUGGCUACUUCAAAUUAGGAACUAUGAAGAACUGCUCACCAUGGUUGUCCUGCAAGGCUAUAAAAAGAGAAGUUCGUAAACUGAAACAUGUUGGUGGAGGAGCUGUAAAAAGGGUCUUUCUUUCUGAAUGGAAAGAAAAUAAAGUGGCACUUUCCCAGCUAACUGUGCCAGAGCUACAAGACGACUUUAUUUAUGGGCUUCAGACACUAAAAAAGUUACAAAGCAAGCAUGUGGUCAAACUCCUUGGAUAUUGUGAAGAGGAGUUCAUGAUUCUUACGGAGUAUCACCCAUUUGGAUCCUUGAAAAAUGUUAAUGAGAUAUUGAACCUUCCAAAAUACAAAAAUUAUAAUACAUGGCAUAACAGGUUUCUGCUUGCCAUAGGCUAUGUGAGCAUCAUCCAUUUUUUACACAACAACCCCCUUGGCACUUUUGUUAUGUGCGACUCCAGUGAUCUAAAUAAAACACUGUCACAAUACUUAUUGACUACCAGCUUUCAUGUGGUUGUGAAUGACUUGGAUGCCUUGCCCCUCUUGAAUAAGAGGGCUGGUGAAUUGAUCAAGUGUGGUCAUCGGGAAUUGGACGGUGAAUGGGUUGCUCCUGAGCAGCUUUGGCCAUAUGGAAAAGAAGUACCUUUUGACGACCAGCUCAUGCCUGCCUAUAAUGAAAUGAUAGACAUAUGGAAAAUCCCUGAUGUUUCAAACUUUCUUCUGGGAGAUGUCGAUGGGAGUGAUCUUGUCAGAUUUCAUUUAUUCAGUAUACAUGAAGCAUGUAAAAAGAAUGCAGCUGAAAGACCUUCCGCUCAGAUGGUACUGGACAGAUAUAACAAUGUUCUUGCCUCACUUGUGAAAGAAGCAACUGUGUCCAAUACAAGGGACAUGUUAUAAUAAAAUCAAUGGAAUGCUUUGAUAGCACAACUAAUAUUGGGUAUAUUCAAUGUCCAUUUGAUUUUUUUUUCAAUUUGAAAAGUAGUUGAAGAUGUCAAAAUAUAAGCAUAAGUGGGGAAAUUCUCAAGUAACUUCAAAUGUUUAUAAGAGCUUGUAUAGGAACAAAAGCAUGUGCUUCAAAAUUCAUAUUUUAAUUUUAAAAUAAAAUUUCUGUAUCAAGGUAGCACUAGUGUAGUAAACAUCAACCGUUUGAUAGAGACAAUUCUAGUGGUUCUUUAAUUUAUAAUUGAUGGUGCAAUUCUUCCUCUUGAAUUUUUUUUUGGUAUGUUCCCAAUUAAUCUCAUUUCUGUCCUGGUAAAAUUGCUCCUUGGAUUUUAAUUCCAUCAAGAUAUUAAUGUAGACUUGAAUAAGUUGUGCUAGGAUCAAUAUAUGAACAAAAACUUGAGUAUGUAGUUAUAAUAAAUGUAGGAAUGUUAUGGUUUCAGAUAUAUAACUAUUGUGGCCUAAGGAAACAUUGCUGCUCAGUUAAGCUAGUUCAAACGGUAUGAAACAAACCACUGUACAAAUUCCAUUUUUUCUUAUAUUAUUAACAAAACAUCUGUAUUUCCUUAUUAACACUAAUACUAAUGUGAGAGGAUUUUAAUAUUUUGACAAAUGUUCUUUUGGUGAAUUUUCUGUAUAUAAUGAUUUAAAUCCACUCCAAGAAAUCUUUUGAAACUCAAAAAUAUAAAUAAAUAUGAGGAUAAUUUUAUCAUUAUACAAAUGUCAUGUGAAUGUUCCAUACAUUUUUAAAACGUCUGGCACCAGCAAACCUAUAGAUUUUAUCAUUGGUAGCCACUAGAGCCAAGGAUGAUAAUAACCUUCGCCCAAUAUAAUUGCAGUUGGUCUAGAUGGGAGAAUAGCUAUUCUGAAAUGUUUUUAAGCCUCAGGGUAAGAAUAACAGUAAAAAAGGUGCAGGAGAAAUAAGGUAUUUAAUAAUAGAUUUUUCUUUUAUUUAACUCAUGCAGAACUAUGAGUCUUCUUCAUCUUUAUCUUCCUCCCCCUCUUCCUCUUCUGAACUGUAGAUAUAAAAGAAAUAAAAGAUGAUAUUACAACAUGUUUAUAAACCUUCAUAGCCUUAUAAUCAGACUGUUUAAGUUUUGUCAAGCAUUAUUAUUGUAGUAGAUUCAGUAUCUUUAUUCUCAGAUGUUUCUAAAGUAAUAUCAAUCUAUUGAUGUGUCAUUUUUCUGAGAAGAGCAAGAAUUUCUCUAUUUCAGAGCUGUUGAAUUUCUGCCAUGCUUUGUAGGUAUCAUGCAGGAAAGAGCAGAAGAGAACAACUAGAUAUAGCAAAGAUAAGGAGUCCUAAGACAGGCCUGUCACAAUUCAACCAGUUAAAGGUAGGAAGCUAGUAGAAAAUCACUACCCCUUAUUUCUAUUUCAUAUCAGAGCCAAUGCCAAUGCCAAAAUGAGCUUGAAAAAAAUACUGAAGGAUUAUGACUAAGUAGGCAGGGUGGCAAAAGUUUGGAGCGCAAGGGGUGUUUCUAUCCAUAUUUCAAACAGAAAGUAGAAUGGACACGUUGCUAUUAGCUCUCUGCUAAGAA